AUGAUGUUCCAACUUCUGAUUUUUGUUGGAAUGGCAGUUCACUGUUUGUCAGAUAAAUGCGGUGAAAAUGAGGAAUGGAGAAAGUGUGGAUGUCUUAUGCAACGAGCCUGCAAUGAGCCUGAUUAUGGAACGUGCUUUUACGACUGCAGAGGGGCUUGUUAUUGCAAGGAGGGUUUCCUUCGCAAUUCUCAAAAUAAAUGCGUAGCCGAUUGUGGCUCAGAGGAAUGUCCUGGUCCCAACGAGGAACGAAAAGCCUGUGGCGUACCGACUAUUUGUCAAAAAGGUUGCAUCAGUGGCACACUAGAAGAGGAGCAGGCGACAUACUGUAAGAAAAAUCCUUGCGUUCCUUUUGAAUGUGAAUGUAAACCCGGUCACACCCGAGCUCUAUUACAAUGUGUCCCGGAAGCCGAAUGCAUGAACACUGUGGCUGCGGGGGUAGCCCAGGCGCUUGCAGAGAACGGGAACGCAGGAGGUGGUACCUGUCCUGCAAAGAGGCUAGAAAGAUUCGCCGUCCGUACAAGCUAA